AACACGUUCUUUAUUCGUACAUUUCUCAUGCUGGAAAUGUGUUUGGAAUAUCCUUUGCUUUAUCUAGUAGUUUGGUUUUUUUUAUUGUAGUGAUAUAAAUGUGUGUGAUGAAGUAUUAAGGAAGCCUUCCGGCACGAUAAUUUUGGUGUGCGCCUCUCCUUUCCUUAGAUUGUUAAAUAUGCCAAGGAAUGCCCGUAACUUGCACAGAAAAUGCAGCAAGUUCUGGCGUGAUACUUCCUAUCUAUUCCAUUAGUAGCCAUUUGUAUUUGUUCCUGUAUUCGGAUCCGUGUCGGUCUGUGUUUCAUGUUGAUGUGAUGUACUGCCUUGAAAGCUGUAAAAUGAUUUUGUUUGAAAUCUCUUUCAACGCACCGUUGCAAAUAGUUCGUGCAGAAGCCAUCUUACAAACUGCCUCUAUUGCGGACUAAAACUUAAACUGGCAUUUUGAACAUUCGUGAGGCUAUGUACGUUGGAUGUACCGGUAUAAAUCUACCAAUAAGCUCUAUCAGUGGCUGUUGUGUUCAUUUGUGAUGGUGUGGAUUCGUUCGUAGAUGUUUUUCCUUUUCAAAACGAUGCUUUGUGUUCAUUUGUUUCUCUUUGCAUUUCUGAGUUGCUCUAUGUAGUACACUUCUGUGUGCUACAGCUCUUGUCUCAGUGUAGCUUCUCUGAUUGAAUUCGCGUCCACUCACGCGUUCACAUCAUGACACAAGCACCAUCAUGUAAUUAAGGUGUAUGAGUAAUGUCAGAUUCUUGUUACCUAUGGAGUGUGGGUUAAGUGCAGUAGACAUUGUUUUUAAGGGUGGGAAUCGAUUCAUGUCCAAAUGUCACAAUGUAACACAUUUUUGCUAAAUCCAGCUGCCGUUACAUUUAACAACAUGGCUAAGCAAAUUUAGCGUCUAAUGAGCAUGCGCGAAUCAUUACCUGACAACUAUAUUGCAUAAGUAGAGAAAUCAAAAUCAAUUUUAUUGACCAUGACAUGCCAAAGCUAUGUAUCAAGACAUACAACACCGUGUACGUUCAGUUGUUAUCUUCAUGAAAAAUAUUGUUUUGUUAAAUGAUGCAUGGUCCAUUCAUUGAUUUUACUUAAAUUUAGUUUUUCACAUUAUUUGAUUCGCCAGCAUUUCACCGGAUUCAGUUAAAACACAAUCACACCCACUCGGUUUGGUGUUUUUUCGAUUUUGUUUUAAACAACGAGAUUGGACCCUUAUUCGUAUACUGAUUUAAAGCCAAUUGCACUGUAUAUUAUCGGAACAUUAGAUGCACGCUUCGCUCGUAAGAACGAUGCAGUUAACAGAGGCGGCCACACUGCAGUCGGUGCUUUUGAAGCUCGUCUUAUCUUUGUUAACAUACACGAAACUCGUUCAUUGUAUUACGUUAUACUGUAUCAGGUGCAGGGUCAAAAAUAAUUUUCAAUUUUAGUGAGAAAGAAUAGGCGAGCUUCGCGUAGAUUUGCUUGACCUGCGCGGUUGUCCACAUGCUCGCUACGCGUUCUCGCGUUCUGCCCGUGCGAGAUAUAGCAUGCGCCGCAAAUGGCUCGGGUUUCCAAUUUAAUAUAGCACAACCACAGGUAAGACGGGACCGUUUUCCGGCUUGCUUGUUAAAUGUGUCUGAGUAAUAGUCGAGAAACAACGCGCCUCUCGUUAAAUUUAAUAUAGAAGUAUCUAAACUCAUAAUGUAAGUUAAGUCACACCUGACGAUGAGUGUAGGUCGGAUGCAGAUCAGAGCCAAUCCGAUCAGCUGGAGGUAUGGGCGGUGGGAGCUGCCCAGGUACAAAUCGUUUCCAGUUUCAAUUAUUUGGAUCGUUUUUUACGCUUGCUCCUAUCUGACAUAAUCUAUUUUAUACAUUCCAGGUUUUUUCUAUACCAGACCGUGGAUUGAAACACAGUCCACAGAAUUGUUAAGAUAUUGAGCAAGACGAAAACGGUCAUACCUAGAUUCUAGCUGGCGGUCGUUCGUCAGCGUGUGAUGGGGGUGCCCUGCCCAGGUGGUAAAAUGGUAGACGAAGGUGAGGGGGCGUUAGAGGUCCUGCAGGCUCGACUCCUGGAAAGUGAGUCCGUGGCCCGGCACUUUGAGAGUCUGGUCCAGGAGCGAGACCACCAGCUCAAUCAGUCUAACCGAGAGCUUAAGGCUACAAACGAAGCCCUGAGGGCCCUCCAGCUGCAGCUAGAGAAGGCAUACCACACGCAGCCCUCAUCCGCCCCGCCCAACAGUACCCUGACCGCCAUCCUGGAGACCAAGGACGCUAGGAUAGCCACGCUGGAGAAGGAGGUUGCCCUCGUGGAGCAGGAGCUGGACAGGAUCCGCGAGUGCGGCGUGCUUGGUCCAGCGCGGGCAGUCCUCCUCGCCUCCCCCACGCUUGACCUCGAUUACGCCUCUAACUAUCCCAAAAUCGAACUAAACUUUAAGCGACAACUCGAGGACUUCCGUUCAGAGAUCCAGAGGCGGGACCAGGAGAUCUUGGCCAUGUCGGCCAAAAUGAAGACUCUGGAGGAGCAGCACCAGGACUACCAGAGGCACAUCGCUGUGCUCAAGGAGUCGUUGUGCGCCAAGGAGGAGCACUACAACAUGCUCCAGGCUGACGUGGAGGAGCUGCGGCAGCGGCUGGAGGAGAAAAACAGACACAUCGAGAAGAAGACGUCGACGGCGUUGCAGGCCACACAGGACCGCAACCGCAUGAACAACGAGCUGACCGAGAUGCGGGACCACAUGGACAUCAAGGACCGCAAGAUCAACGUGCUGCAGCGAAAGAUCGAGAACCUGGAGGACCUGCUGAAGGAGAAGGACAACCAGGUGGACAUGGCGCGCGCGCGCCUGUCGGCCAUGCAGGCGCACCACUGCUCGUCCGAGGGCGCGCUCUCCUCGCUCGAGGAGGCCAUCGGCGACAAGGAGAAGCAGAUGAACCAGCUGCGCGAGCAGCGUGAUCGCGCCGAGCAGGAGAAGCAGGAGGAGCGCGAGCUGCACGAGCGCGAGAUCGCCGAGUACAAGAUGAAGCUGCACGCCCUGGAGAGCGAGGUGGAGAAGCUGCAGGCGCGCCUGGACCGAGCGCAGGUGGAAAAGGACCGGCUCGAGACGCGACUGGAGUGCUCGCAGUCGGAGCUGGGCAAGUCCAAGGCGGAGCUGGACAAGGCGGCCAGCGAGGUGGGCCGCAGCGGCGCCGACUGGGAGGCGGCCAAGCAGCGGCUCGCGCGCCUGGAGAUGGAGAACGAGCGCCUGCGCCACGACCUGGAGCGCUCGCAGACCACGUUCGGCCGCAGCACGCUGACCACGAGCCAGGAGCUGGACCGCUGCCAGGAGCGCGCCGACAAGGCCAGCACGGAGCUGCGCCGCGCGCAGGCCGAGCUGCGCGUCACCAUGGCCGACACGGAGCGGGCGCGCGCCGAGGCCGCCUCGCUCCAGGACAAGCUGGAGAAGUCGCAGGGCGAGGUCUACCGGCUCAAGGCGCGCCUGGAGAACGCGCAGGGCGAGCGCGAGUCGCUGCGCGAGGAGUACGAGCGCAUGCAGUCGUCCGUCAGCCGGCUGCACGCCGAGCGCGACAAGGCCGUCGCCGACCUGGACAAGGCGCGCGAGGAGCUGGAGCGGACGCAGGCCACCCUCGGCAAGGCGCAGCUCCAGCAGGAGAAGCUGCAGAACCUGCUGGACAAGUCGCAGACGGAGGUGGACAAGCUGCAGGAGCGCAUGGACAAGACCACCGGCGAGCUCCGACGGCUCCAGCUGGAGAAGGAGAAGCAGGCCUACGACUUCGAGAGCAUGGAGUCGCAGCUGGACAAGGCUCUCGGCCAAGCCACGCGGUUGCAGAAGGAGCGUGAGACGGUGCAGCUGGACGCCGACCGGCUCCGCGACAAGUACGACAAGGUCCAGGGGCUCACGGCGCGGCUGCAGAAGGAGCGCGACUCCUUCCAGGAGGAGCUCGUCAAGCUCCAGGGCCAGGUGGCCACCCAGGCGGGCAAAGCGCAACGCGACCGCGAGGCGCUGCUGGCAGAGCUGGACGCGCUCAAGGACCGCCUGGACAAGGCGCAGGUGGUGCGGGACGACGCGCUGGCUGAGCUGGACCUCGUCAAGGACAAGCUGGACAAGGCGCAGCUCGUGGCGCAGAAGGCGCUGGAGGACAAGGACACCUCGUCCAAGGAGAUGGAGCGCCUUCUCGAGAAGUACGACCGGUACCAGGGAGAGGUGUACCGCAUCCAGAACAAGCUGGACGCGACCGAGGCCGAGAAGGACCGGCUCGAGAUGGAGGUGGAGAAGGCCACCCUGCUCUCCGCCAAGACGCGCGACGAGUGCCGCAAGCUGCAGGAGGAGCUGGCGCGCGUGCAGGAGGCGUACGACCGCGCCGCGCUGCAGCUGGGCCGCACGCGCGAGAACGAGGACAAGCACAAGGAGGACAUGGACCGGCUGUCCGUCGACCUGGACAUGAUGCGCGAGCGCUACGAGAAGUCCCAGAUCGAGGCGCGGCGUCUCCAGGCCGAGCGGGAGAAGAUGCAGGGCGACCUGGAGAGGGCUGCCUUCGAGAUCGAGCGCGCGCACGCGCAGACCACCAAGACGCAGGCGAGCUACGAGAAGGCCCAGGAGGAGGUGGCGCGGCUCCAGGUCGAGGUGGAGAAGCUCCACGACAAGCUGGACAAGGCGGCCGUCGAGGCGCGCAAGGCGCAGUCGGACCUGGAGCGCUUCCGCGGCGAGGCCGACACGAUGCGCGAGGAGGCGGAGCGCUACGCCAUGCACGCGCGCGGCCACGAGCGCGCCAAGGAGGACCACGACCGCGUGCGCAUGGAGGCCGACAUGCUCCGCGACCGCCUGGAGAAGGUGGGCCUGGAGCUGGAGCGGGCGCGCAAGGCGGAGCAGGAGGUGCUGCGGCUGCGCCAGGAGCUGGAGCGCGCCGAGGGCACGCGCUCCAAGUUCCAGUACGAGCAGGAGCGCUGGUCCAGCGAGUCGGACAAGCUGCGCGAGGAGCUGGAGCUGGCGCUGCGCGCCCGCCAGGAGCUCGAGGUGCGCGCGCACGAGCUGGGGCUCGAGGUGGAGCGGGCGCGCGCGGACGCGGCCAAGGCGGUGGGCGGCCGCGACAAGUACGAGUCGGAGCUCGAGCGGCUGCACAUCGAGUGCGAGAAGGUGCGGGACAGGCACGAGAAGCUGCAGCUGCGCGCCGAGGUGCUGGAGCAGGAGAACGAGCGCCUGCACCACGAGCUGGCGCAAAUGGAGCGCGGCGUGGCGGACCGCAGCGGCGCCGAGGUGCAGCGGGUCGUGGACCGCCUCGAGAAGGUGCAACAGGACAACGAGCGCCUCCGGAUGGAGCUGACGCAAAUGCAGCAGAGCGGCGGCGCGGACCUGGCCAAGGCGCAGCAAGAGGUGCAGCGCCUCCGCCUCGAGGUGCAGCAGCAGCAGCAGGCCAGCGCCGCGGACCUCAACAAGGCCCGCGAGGAGGUGCAGCGCCUGCGCAUGGAGCUCCAGCAGCAGGAGCGCGCGCAGCAGCAGGGCCAGGCGUCGGGCGCGGACCUCGCCAAGACCCAGCAAGAGGUGCAGCGGCUCACGCGCGAGCUGGAAAAGUCUCAGCUCCACCUGGGCAAGUACCAGGAGAACAACGAGGCCGCCCGCAUCGAGUUCGAGCGCAUGGCGACCGAGCUGGACCGCAUGCAGGCCAAGCUGGAGCAGGCGCAGGCGGAGGCGGCGCGCGCCAAGGAACUGGAGAAGGACCGCGAGGUGCUCAAGCAGGAGGUGAACCAGGUGAUGAAGGCCAUGGAGCAGAUGCAGGGCGACCAGGUGCGGUCGCGCCAGGACGGGGCCGAGGUCCAGCGCCUGCAGCAGGAGCUCAACAAGGCGGGCGAGGACAAGAAGGCGAUGGCCCUCAUGAUGGACAAGCGGGAGAAGGCGGUGGCGCAGCUGGAGAAGGUGGUGCAGAAACUAGAGGCCGACACCAAACAGCUGCAGACGGAGCGCGACCAGCUUGUGCUGCAGUUGGAGAAGUCCCAGGACAUGCUGAUGAACUUCCAGCAGGAGCUGACGGCCAGCGAAGAGGCGCUGAACCGCGAACGGCAGGAGGCCAACCGGCUGCGGGCGGAGCUGAAGAGGAUGUCGCAGGACACGGAACGCGGCACCCGGGACGUGCUCGAGGCGCGGGACAAGGAGAUCCAGCGGCUGCAGGCGCAGCUGCAGCAGAUGGAACAGACCCGCGGGCAGCUGGAGCAGGAGAGGGGCCGCGCCGCCAAGGCAGAGAAGGCCGUGGCCGACUUGCAGCGACAGGUGCAGCAGAUGCAGAGGCAGCUGCAGGAGGCGGCGGCCGGUGGCGGCGCAGCCAACGCCAGCGCCAUGGAGGACAUCCAGCGUCUGCUGGCCGAGCUCGACAAGGCCCACGCGGACCUCAAGAUCGCCACUACCGAGUCGGACCGUUACAAAGCGCAGCUCGAGAUGCUUGUCACCGAGCUGGAGAAGAGCCAGCUGGACCUGCACGAGGCCAAGCAGAAGAUGGCGAGCGGGGCGGGGCGCGAGAGCGAGGAGACCGCCAACCUCAAGAAGCAGCUGCAGGAGCAGAAGAAGCAGCUGGAGGAGCAGCGGCGGCGGCUGGACGAGUUCCGCAAGGGCGCGGACCAGCGCGCCCGCCAGCUGGAGGAGCGCGAGCGCGCCCUGGCCGACAUGGAGGACAAGCUCAAGAAGCGGCGCGAGAAGAUCGACCAGAUGGAGCAAGCCCUGCAGAAGCAGGGGGCGGCGGGUGCGGGGGCUGCCGCGGGCGCCGCCGAGCAGCAGAAGAAGGUCCAGGAGCUGCAGCAGCAGCUGCAGGAGCAACAGAAGCAGCUGGCGGCCAGCAAAGAGGAGUCCCAGCGCUCUGCCGUCGAGAUGGAGCGCCUUCUCCAGCUCGUGCAGAUGAGCCAGGAGGAACAGAACAACAAAGACAAGCAGAUCCACGACCUCCACGAAGCAUUAAAGGCUGCCCAGGCCAAGCUUCGAGCUGGCGCCAGCGGGCCAGCAACUGCGGCUGUUUCGGCCGCGACGAAGCUGCAAGAGGAGAUGGCACUUGCCGUUGACGGUGAGGUACUGACGUCCGCCCUGGACAGCCUCCUCGUGGACUCGGACAUGGAGCCGACCUUGCUAGAGGUACCUGGCCUGAGGCCCGCGCUGGAGAGAGCGCUGGAGAGGGCGCGCGAACGGCGGAACCUCGCUCUGGAGGGCGAGCGGGACCAGGGCGCAGCAUUGAGGGAAGAGGCCGAAGAAAUGGCACGCCUAGUUGCUCGGGAGGCCGAGAUGGUGGCGGAGGUGAUGGAACUGCGGAGUCGCCUGCAAAAGACGGAAGAAACUGAGGCCGAGACCAGGAAGAGGGCGGUGGCUGAGGCGGAGAGGUCUCGGCGAGACGCCAGGGAGGCCGAACUCGAGGCAGAGGUAAUGGAGCUGCGAGGCCGCUUGCAGGAGAGGGACCAGGCCGACGCCGAGGCCGCGAGCCGAUUGCAGCAGGACAAGGAGUCAUCGGAGGCCGAGACCAAGAUGCGGGAGGCGGAGCUGCAGUCCAAAGUCCAGGAGCUGGAGGUUCGGCUGCAGGCGGACGCCAACCCCACCCAGCAGGACGUGCCCGAGGGGGAGGCCGUGCGGUGGGCUGAGCGCGAGGCCGAGCUUCUGGAGCAUCUGCGGGAGGCCGAGGGCGAGGCCGCGCGCCGGGCGGCCCGCCAGGCCGAGCUGGAGGCCGAGGUGGUGGAGCUGGAGCACGCGCUGCGCAGCUCCACGGACCGCGAGGCCUCGGAGCUGGAGGAGCUGGCCGCCGCGCUCACGCACCGCGACGAGCGCAUCGAGGAGCUGCAGGAGGCGCUGCGGGAGAGCGUCCGCAUCACGGCCAACGAGGAGACGCGCCGCAAGCAGAUCAUGGAGACCGUGGCCAAGCUGGAGCAGCGCCUGCUGUCCCUGCAGACGGCCUACGCCAUCCGCUGCCCGACCUGCCGGCCGCUGCUGCAGCGCGUGCAGGAGCUGGAGCGGCAGGCGGCCGAGUGGCGCCGCCACCUGGCGGAGCUCAGCCACAUGAAGCAGGAGGCGCUGGAGGCCACCAUCUCGGAGAAGGACGCCCACCUCGCCUUGCUCGAGGUGUCGGGACUGCGUACCGCCAAGCAGGCCGACGAGGCCGAGAGGCUGAAGGCCGACAGGAGCCGGCUGAUGGAGAGGCUGAAGAUAGUGAACGAAGAGAGCGUCAAGCUGUCACUAGAACCGUGCGACUACGUUCACGACGGCUCCGUCGGUGACGUCCUCUCGCGAACGACGGCGUUGUCGCUCGACACAGAUCACCCCAACGGUGUCGAAUACUCUUCUCCUGUGAAAGUGAACGGUUGCGCCAAGAUCAACGGCCAGAUGUCCCCCGACAGCACCGAAUCUCCUGACAUCUCGACGACGUCAUCACCAGACGGCCAGGACAAAUAAACCAUCUCGCGCAUCUAGCAUGCAGAGCGAGCCCACGUUCCAUGAGGGUCGCCCCAAGUCCUUCUUAUUUAUUUUUAGUUUGAGAGUUGACCAAUCUGCAAGCACCACCAAAGUGAUUAUUUAAAGAGGUAUUAAAUUUAGCGCGGCUCGGUAAAGGUGUCUAGCUGCCAAAACAAUUUACCACUGUGUGUAUGUACGGUUUGUUGUGGAGGGUGCAUUUAUAUUACAAAAUAUGUUUUGAAUCAAAACGCACAUUGUAAUAUUUUGAGGGCAAAUUUUUGUACAUAUAUUUGUGAAGUAACUGAGUUAAUUGUUAUUUUUGCGUGUCACGGCGAGGGUGGUUGCCGCACCCUCGGCCGGAGAACUGCGUAUCGCAAUUUUUAAGUCUUAGGUAGCAAAUACAUCGCUGGAUGUUUGUUAUUGAUAUUUUGGUUAGUGUACGGGGACGCUGAACGCAAUACUCAUGUGCCACGAUUUUCCACGAGUCAAGACAAUUUGUCGCCCACUGUGUUGCGAGCACAGCAGUGCCGCAGCCCACGGCCCGCACAGGGAAGGCCACUCGAGAGGCACCGGCCAACCGACAAUAAGCGACACGUCUUCCGCCAGCAUUAAAUCUCGUGUUGUUUUUAAUGUUGUUAAGUUUUCUUUCCGUUUCUUUUUUCUCUGUUCCGCUUCGGUAGACAAACCGAUGAGACUUACUGACUCUCUUGUUCUCUUCUUAAUCGCGCGCUGUGCCUGGUGUUGUCCGCGCCCCGCGCUAGCGCCGCCGGAUCAGGCCCUGCUCGACUCGGCACAUCACAUCUGCAGGAUACAUUUCCGCCAGCUUGUGCUGGAAGUGAGCACUCCCAUACAAAAGUAAUGCAGCAAAAAGAAAGUCUACAAUUUAGACCACAAGUACUGGCACAAGCAGAGCAUUGUUAGAGAGCAACUCCAAUUUUCAGUCACAUGUCAUGUUAACAAGUAUUACUGGUGUAAUUGUGCCUUUCAGGUAUUUCAUGUUAAUGGAAAAGAAAUUUGUUAAAUGUAGGUGCAAACCACAUUCCUCUUACAGCUAGAUUAGGUAAUACAAAUUUUAGUAAUAUUGUCAAUUUUGGAUGAUUGAGGUAGGUCUUUCGUUGAUCCCAACGCGAGCAUGAAGGAGGAGUCUGUCCUCUUUUCUACUCCAGGGUGUGUGUGUGUGAGUAUGAGGAUGGGUAAGGUUGGUGGCUUUUUGAAGAUAUGUAUAUUGGGGCAUUUGAAGUACUUAAUGGAGGGAGAUGCUUUGUAACGAAUUAAGCAGUACUGCACUUGGAGGCCACCAAGUACAUCAUUCUUGGCAUGUAUCAUGUGUAAUAAUGUAGUCAUAAGAGAUGUGUGCUUGUAUUGUCACUUUUCGAGCUUAAUGUUGAGGAACUGUGUCGUUUAGACCUAUUGGAGUUACGUACGAUAAUGGUAUUUAUGUUGACCGAUGUGUACAGACUAGUAUAUAUUGUUGUUAAAAAUAUUUGUUUUAAACAUAUCUCAUUUUGUUGUCCACCAUACAUCAUCAUCUUAUAGUCAUCAGAUGACAGACCGAAGUAUGAUAUGGACGUAUUUCUGGUUCUGGCUCUGUGUUUAUAGUUAUACUGAGGAUUUAUAUUUUAAAACACAUACAUUUUAAGGUAUCAGAACAAUAAUGUUAGAUGUCGUUUCCCUCGCAAAUGUUUGAGAUUUGUGGCCUGAUGUACAGUAUUUUCGUAGGUUUGUUCGACCUGUUCUAGUUCACUCUUUGAUGCACUCGAGGAAUAUUUGCUGUAGUAUUCUUAAGCAGAUGUUGGGUUUGUGGAUAUAGUGACAUUUGGUUUGAUAUCUUACCUACGUGCUUACCAUGAAACUAAAAAUCAAAAUCUGUCUCCAUUCUGGUUGAUCUAUGUCUGUUGAAAUGUGCUCUUCAAUGACUUGUCUUUUAAUACUUGAUAAUCUUCAAAAUUAUGCCCUAUGCUUUGUGGAUGCUGAAUUUCUCUUUUCUUGUGGCAGCCAACUUGUUCAAGUAUUGCAUGAACAUAUAUCUAUGCAACAAAAGUCUCAAUUCUACCUUUUCCGUAGCUUUUCUUCUUUCACUCUUUCCUGAACUGCGCAUUGUUGUAGACUUGUGUGGUGGCUUAUAGUUAAGUAUAACUGUGACUCAGUGACUGUCAGUACAAAUUCUUCAAAGAAUUCAGACUUUGGGGCUUGAAUUUUUAAUUCAGUACAAAAUCAUCUGCAUCGUUAAACAAAUUUGUGUUAGUCUAAUAAAUAAAAGUAUUUGAUGAAACGCGGUCUCUUUCUCAGUAUUUUGAAAUUAAAUUUGCUAUUGAGGAUGACUCAUUCUUUCUCAUUCCGGUCAUUUAAUAUUUUUAAAAGUGUAUCAGUGUACAAAAAAGUCAAGUGCAACAUUGUCAUUUCUGUUUGUACUCAGCCCCACCUUAUUUGACUUGUGCAUGGAAUCAUGUAAUAGUUAGAGGCAAUUUAUUUUUACUUUUUUCAAGAAAAGAAAUAGAAAGUUCUCAUCUGGCACCUACUAUGAUUCAUCUUACAUAUCUUGCGAUUGUCCUUUUUUUUCUGUGAUAUGCAUUUGGGGUCACUACUGUUGUAGUGUCUUAUAGUAUUUUCGUCUGUUGUAUAAAAUCUAAUUGGACUUAAUGUCACAACAGGGAAGUAGCUUAUUUCUUUUGCUGUGGUAUACUAAGCAACACAUCUACAAUAGGUUUUUUUAGUAAUAGUUAGCAAUGCUUGUAUGCUGUGGGUGUUGAUAUUUAGGUAACAAAGUCUGUUUUUGUUUCCUGAUUUGUGCCGAGGUGUGUCUGACAGCAAAUGUAUUGACCAAUAAUUAUGGCAUGAAAUUAAACUGUAAUAGUGCAACAUACAAAAUAAUACCAUGUUGUGAAAUCGUCUGAUACCAUAAAUAAAGAACAUGUUGAAUUA